UACUUCACUCUCUUCUUUUUUUUUUUACUUAUCCAGCAUUGUACUUCUCAGGAAACUUGUUGGAUCUCGUCCUUUUCGCGCACCCAUUGAGGCCUGCAGUUUUGCAUGCCAAGGUAGCAGCCAUCAGCGAAAAGCAAUCCCCAUGGCGACUUCUGAAGAGCAAGCAGUUGCCCUGAAAAACCAGGGCAACAAGGCUUUUGCUGCGCACGACUGGUUGGGAGCCAUCGACUUUUAUACCAAGGCCAUUGAGCUAAAUGAGAAGGAGCCGACAUACUGGUCAAACAGAGCACAGGCCAAUCUGAAGACCGAGUCGUACGGAUAUGCCAUCAGGGACGCCACGAAGGCUAUUGAGCUGAACCCAAACUUCAUCAAGGCAUACUACCGCCGCGCAACCGCCCACGCCGCCAUCCUAAAGCCUAGGGAAGCUCUCAAGGACUUCAAGACGUGCGUCAAGAUCGACCCGAGCAACAAAGAUGCGAAGCUCAAGCUUGUCGACUGCGAGAAGAUUGUGCGGCAGAUCGCCUUCUUCGCCGCCAUCGAGGUCGGCGACGAGCCGUCGGCCGCCGAGGGCCUCGACGUCGAGUCGAUCGCAAUAGAGCCCGCGUACGACGGUGUCCGGUUAGAGAAGGAGAUGACGCAGGAGUUUAUCGACGACAUGAUGGAGCGGUUUAAGACUAGCAAGCUGAUCCACAAGAAAUACGUCUACCAGAUCAUAAUGGCCGUCACCAAGAUCGUCUACAACGAGCCCACCAUGGUCGAGAUGGAGAUACCCGAAGGCGUGCAGCUGACGGUGUGCGGCGACACUCACGGCCAAUACUACGAUUUGAUGGAGCUCUUCCGGUUAAAUGGCGCUCCAAACGAGAAACACUACUAUCUGUUCAACGGCGACUUUGUGGACCGGGGCAACUGGUCGUGCGAGAUUGCGCUGCUGCUCUAUGCUAACAAGUGGCUGAGGCCGAAUUGCUUCUUCAUCAACCGCGGCAACCACGAGACAGACGACAUGAACAGGGCGUACGGCUUCGAGGGCGAGUGCAAAGCUAAAUACAACGAACGGAUAUUCAAGCUCUUCUCGGAGAGCUUCUCGGCGCUACCGCUGGCGACGCUGAUCGGUGGCAAGUAUUUCGUGCUGCACGGCGGCCUCUUCUCGGACGACAACGUGACGCUAGAUGACGUGCGGAAGCUAAACAGGCACAAGCAGCGGCAGCCUGGCUCCGCCGGCCUGAUGAUGGAGAUGCUGUGGACAGACCCCCAGACGGAGCCUGGGCGCGGUCCCAGCAAGCGCGGUGUCGGCAUGCAGUUUGGGCCUGACGUCACUGCGAGAUUCUGCGAGCGAAACGGCCUCGAGGCCAUCAUCCGGAGUCACGAAGUCAGGAUGGAAGGUUAUGAGGAGGAACACAACGGGAAAUGCAUCACGGUGUUUUCGGCUCCCAAGUACUGCGACAUGACAGAGAACAAGGGCGCAUUUAUCAACAUCGGUCCGGAUUACAGGCUCAACUUCCGCAAGUUCGAUGCUGUCCCUCACCCAACUAUGAAGCCUAUGGCCUAUGCCCAGAGCUCCAUUAUGUCCUCGUUGAUGUAGGUCUAGAAGUGGCACAGACGCAUGGGGGUCUAUGUAGAGGUUAUGCUGCAUUAGAUAGGAGUCGCCACGGAAGCGGCGUUUUAUUUUCUGGGUUGUUGGUGGCGGUGACAUGGCAGCGAUACCUGAUACCUCUUUCCGAUAGUUGAUUCGAUGAUUGGGAGCCUUGGCGCUUGUCGCAGAUGAUCGUGUGCGCAACGAAGCAAAAGGCCCCAGCCAGAGUGUACGUUUGUCGCUCUUCUG